AUGAGCCGCGGCGACCGUUACGAACAAGACCGCUACUACUACGAUCGUGACCGCGACUAUGAGCGCGAUCGCGACCGCGGCGGCGGCGGCGGCAGCGCCAGCGGCGGGUAUGCCCGCGACCGAGUCGUCGAGGACGACCGGUACUACAUGCGAGGUGGCCGAGGCGUCGACGUAGAGGAGCGCGAUCGUUUCUACGAGCGCGAUGUUGAUGUCGACCGCCGCCGCCCUGCCUACGAGGAACCCCGCUACGCCGACCAUCUGGCCCGCGACUUUGAGCGUGGGGUCUCGCUGGACGACAGGGAGCGUGAAUACCGCCGACCCAGAAGCGACAUCUUUGACCGUCGCCCUGAACCUGGCCCUCUCGUCCGUCAUUCACCUCCCCCGCCCGCUAGGUCCCGUUACGAGUAUGACGAGCGUGAUACCUAUCGCGAGUCUUACCGUGAACCGCCCCGGGAACUCGGGCCUGCACCCGUCCGUGACCCUUACCGCGACGAAUUUUACCCUCCUCCCCCUCCCCGCUCUGAGCGCCCGGAACAAUUCCAUGAGGUCGUUCGCGAGCGCACGAUCGAGCGCGACCGCAGCCCAGCUGCCUCCCGAGUCAGCCGCAGCCACCGCAGUCACUCCAGGUCGCGCAGCAGAAGUGCGUCCAGCCACAGCCGCAGCGGUGGAACCAGUGUACGCGCAGAAUACCCAAAGAAGGGUAAGACACGUAUCCCCGCUCGUCUUGUCUCGACCAAGAUCAUUAUCGACUUGGGAUACCCUUACGUUGAAGAGGGAGGCACAAUCAUUGUUCAAAAGGCCCUCGGCCAGGAGCACAUUGAUGAGCUCCUCAGACUGAGCGAAGAAUACACCAAAGCUGAGGUAGACAUAUCUGUGCCUGCGCCUGCAAAGUCGUCUGCUGGCGAGAUCAUUCAGGAGCGCCGCGAGGAGCACCAUAGCCCGCACCAUGACGACAUCAAGCAAGAAGUCAUCAUCUCCCCCACCCCGCAACCAAUAUAUAUCCAGGCCCCUGCUCCGGCUCCCCCGCCCCCAGCUCCUUCGUCGCAUGCGCCAGUCAUCGUGGACGCUCACCCACGCUCUCCGAGCCACCAUGGCCAUGGCCAUGGCCAUGGCAGCGUUGAAAUUGUGGACAAGACGGUCAUCCGCGAGGACUAUCCUCGCUACCUCAAGAACGACUAUGAAGAGGAUACACUAGUCGUCGCACCUCUUGUUCGAGCUCGCUCCCGCUCCCGCUCCCGCGCAAGAUCCGACAUCCGUGCUGAGAUCCGUGCCCUUGAGCGCGAGUACGAAGGGCGCUCGCGCUCGAGACACCACCACCACCACCACCAUCGCGAUGAAGAAGAAUACGAUAUUGUACGCACCGAGCGCAUGGAAGAUGGCCAGCUCGUCGUGUUCGAAGAGCGACUUGAUCGCGUCACCAGCCACCCCAAGCCUGCGAGAAUCGAGAAAGACAAGAAAGGACCACCCGCUGGCCUGCUGCGCGCCAUGUUGACCAGCCUUACAUGA